AAACAUGGCGGCGUACAUGAUAAUCCUUGAAUGCAUUUAGUCUGGAGAACAAUCUUUCUUGUUUUCAUCACUCUGUCGUUUCUGAACACCUCUGAAACAUGUUUCAUUUUGCACGUUGCAGUCGAUUGACUCGCGGAACUGUCACUUCAGAUCGACUUCUGAGCUCCCACAAAACAAGAGAUUUCCUCUUCCAACACCUCAAUAGGCGUGGAAACCACUCAGCACCAUGGAGCAGCUCUCAAAUCCCAUCAACCCAGUUGACAGUCGGCGUUCCUGUGCUCCGCGUAUGGAGACAAGCUCAAAAACUCCUGCGUCUGACAUCCAGACAGCAGCCCAGACCACCAAGCAUUGCUCUCAAAUUCAUCCUCGGACCUGCUGCUUUGACAGUGACGGCACGUUUGCUCGGACCUUCAGCUCACUGUGAAGCCGAUGUGAAUAAUAAUAAAGUCCCGCUGGAGGUUCAGGUGAAAGAAAAGAUUCCGGAGUUCAGCUGGGCUGUCCUGUGGGAGUUUGUUCGGCCACAGCUUUUUGCUUUAAUGGGAGCCAUUCUGCUUGCGUUUGGAGCAGCAGCUCUUAACAUUCAGAUUCCUCUAAUGUUGGGGGAUCUGGUGAACGUUGUUGCCCGGCACAUGAGAGAACAAGCAGGUCAUUACAUGAGAGAUAUUCAAGCUCCCGCUGUCAAGCUGCUCGGACUGUAUGCUCUACAGGGUCUGUUGACCAGUGGCUACAUCAUUCUUCUGUCUAGAGUUGGAGAAAGAGUGGCUGCAGACAUGAGGACGACUCUCUUCACAUCCUUACUUCGACAAGACAUAGCAUUUUUUGAUGCAAACAAGACUGGUCAGCUGGUCAAUCGCUUGACAUCGGACAUCCAGGAGUUUAAAUCUUCUUUUAAGCUGGUUAUUUCUCAGGGUUUGCGCAGUGCCACACAGACAGUGGGCUGUUUUGUCUCGCUGUACUUCAUCUCUCCCAAACUCACUGGUCUGACCGUGGUGGUUCUGCCAUGUCUGGUUGGGGCUGGAGCUCUCAUCGGCUCUUUUCUUCGUAAACUCUCCAGGAAAGCACAGGAGCAGGUUGCUAAAGCUACAGGAGUGGCCGAUGAGGCUCUUGGUAACGUGCGGACAGUGAGAGCGUUUGCUAUGGAGGACCGAGAACUAGAGAUGUAUGCUGCUGAGGUCCAGAAAUCAGCUGCCAUGAAUGAAACACUGGGCACAGGCAUUGCUGUAUUUCAGGGCUUGUCUAAUAUUGUCCUCAACUGUAUUGUUCUGGGCACCAUUUUUGCCGGUGGGUCUUUGAUGGCCCGUGAUGACCUGUCACCCGGCGAUCUGAUGUCAUUUUUGGUCGCCUCGCAAACAGUGCAGAGAUCUCUUGCCAGCAUUUCAAUUCUGUUUGGACAGAUGGUUCGUGGGAUGAGUGCCGGGGCUCGAGUGUUUGAGUAUUUGGCUCUGGACCCCUCUGUUCCGCUCACUGGAGGAGGACGGAUCCCUCUGGACUCUCUGAUGGGCAGAGUUGACUUUAUGAAUAUCAGCUUCAGUUACCCAACAAGACCAGGAAACCAGAUCCUCAAACACUUCAGCUUGACUCUGCCUCCCUGCAAAACUGUGGCUAUUGUUGGAGAGUCAGGAGGAGGUAAGUCCACAGUGGCCGCUUUACUGGAGCGCUUUUAUGACCCCAGCAGUGGAGUGGUGAUGCUGGAUGGGCUGGACAUCAGAACACUGGACCCGUCCUGGUUAAGAGGACAUGUCAUCGGGUUUAUCAGUCAGGAGCCUGUACUGUUUGGUACCUCAGUGAUGGAGAAUAUCAGGUUUGGAAAGCCCAGUGCCACAGACGCUGAGGUGGUGUCUGCCGCAAAACAAGCCAAUGCUCAUAAUUUCAUCACAGGAUUCGCUGACGGAUAUAACACAGUGGUUGGUGAGCGUGGAGUGACUCUAUCAGGAGGGCAGAAGCAGCGGAUAGCGAUCGCACGAGCACUGGUCAAAAACCCCAGCAUUUUAAUCCUGGACGAGGCCACGAGUGCGCUGGACGCAGAGUCUGAGCGUGUGGUUCAGGAGGCGUUGGACAGAGCCACGACAGGACGCACUGUUCUGAUCAUCGCCCACCGGCUCAGCACUAUACAAGCAGCCGAUCUCAUCUGCGUCAUGAGCAACGGACGCAUCGUUGAGGCUGGAACACAUCUGGAAUUACUGAGCAAAGGAGGAUUGUAUGCAGAACUCAUAAAGAGACAACGAUCUAAUGGACAUAAAUAAAAUACUGUACUUAGUAUAUGUCACUACAAGUUAUUUUGAACACAGAAAUUCAUUUGGUGCUCUGUCAUAUUGUAGCAUAUUGAAUUUUUUUUAAAAGAAAGUUCUGUGUGUUUAGUUUUAUCAUCAUUGUAAAAUCAGUGUUGGUAAACAGUUUUUAAAUAGUGUUUUUAUUUCCCUAAACUCCAGACUGAAAGUAUUUGAACCUUUUCUUUUUUAAAUGAAAAGAUUUUAGUGAGAUGAAAUGUACAUUUUAUUUUGAAAAAUGUAUCUGUUAAUAUCAUUGUGUUGAUAAUCUUGUUUUCCUUGAAAAUUAAGGUAUAAUAAAAUUAAAUAUAUUCUUCUGCAUUC